AUAUAGAGAGAGAGAUAGAUUAGAAACAACAUUAAUGACACUAAAAGAAAGAGAAUAUUAAAUGAAUGAAAUUAGAAUAUAGAUGAAAUAUAAAAAUAUAGUCACUUUGAGGUUUUAUAGACUUUUUUUUAUAUUUUUCUUAAUAAUAAUAAUAAUAUAAAAAAAUCAAAUAAAAAACACCAAGUUGACCAAUAAAAAACUGGUCAAUCAGCUGACUAUUAAGCUACCAUAUAUUAAAUAUUAAAAUUUUCUUCCAUUGCAUCGAUACUUAAAAAAUAUUGGUCAUGUCCGCACCUGAACAUAACUCCUCUCCUGUAAAGUGAAGCUCGAAAAUAAACCAGCCAUUUAACCCCAAAAAAACAAAAACGAAAAAAGAAACAAAUUUACUCUAGCUUGUCACUGCAGGAAAACACACACGCACACAAAAAAACCCGAUUAUUGUUUUUAUUAUUUUAUGAUGAUGAUCCAUUCCAUAAUCCAAGUUUCACCCACAAACAAAAACUUUUGAAAUUUUCUAGUAUAACAGCAAUCCUUGUCAAGAAUUUAUACCUUAGGGUUUUCUUUCGUCUUGUGUUCUUUUGUUCUUUUCUUUGGGCUUGUUAUGAGAGAGCAAAGAGAUAGUGAUAUUAGACAUGGGUUUUCACCUUCCCGUUUCUGUCAUCAGAGUCCGGGUCGGUCUGACUCUGAACGUAACCGGCCCAGGUUGGUUAAUACUAGGAGAGACCAGCAAAUUUAUGAUAAAGACAGAGACUUUGUACAGACAAAUCGAGAAUGUGAAAGUUUUGGUAAAACCCGGUUUAAUGAACCGGGUUUGUCCGAACUAGGCCGGUUUUCUGAGAUGGGUUCGGUCCACAGAGGGGAGUAUAGUGAUGAGAGAAAUGGGUCUGGGCAGAAACUGUCAGGGUCGCGUGAGUCUGUGUUGGGAGAAAGUAGGAAAUCAGCCACUUCUUUGAAGUUUCAAUGGGACAAUUUGUUGCCUGAUAAUAAAUCCAAAUAUAGAAAUAAUUAUCCUGGUGUGGUGGUCCCUAUGUCUAUGUCAAUGGAAAGUGGUGGUGGUGGUGGGUCAUCAAGGAGUUGUUUUAAUCAUAGGAUGGAGAUGGACCCCACUGAGAGUGGUAGAACUUAUGCUUCUUCGCCUUUGAGAAAAUUUGAAGUUGGAGGGAGGAGUAGCAUUGUGGACUCUAUUGUGGACAAGGUUGAAGGAAGAAAUGAUAUUGAUCAUGGAAGCACAUUCUGGAAUAAGAUGAUGAGAGAGAGGAGACUGUUGAUCGAAAAUCAUACUUAUUUUGGUGAAAAUGAGAAAGAUUUGAACUCUAGGAGUUUGAAUUUUGUAAAGAAAAGGACUAGCAUUGUACACAAUAUUGAAGGAGAUAAUAAUAUUGAUAAUGGCACUGUUUUUAGGGAUACCAUGAUGAGUGACAGGAGACUCUUGUUGGAAAUAGAUGGUUCUUUUGGUGAAAUUGAGAAAGAUUUGGAUUCCAAGAAUUUGAGUUUGCUGAAGAGAAGGACUAGCAUUCUGGAUAAAAUGGAAGGAAAUAGUAAUACAGAUUAUGACAUUGCUUUUAGGCAUAACAUGACGAGUGAGAGGAGACUAUUGUUGAAGAAUGAUGCUUCUUUUGUUCAAGAUGAAAAAUAUUUGGAUAAUAGGAGUUCCAAUUUGGUGAAGAUGAGAAUGACUAGCUUUGUGGAUUCAAACAAGACUAAAGGAAAUGAUGAUGUGGAUAAUGACAUUGCUUUUGGGAAAAACUUGAUGAAUAAGAGGAGAAUGUUGUUGGAAAAUGAUAUUUCUUUUGGCGAAGAUGAGAAAGAUUUGGACUACGGGAGUUUCAAUUUCAUGAAGAUGAGAAGGAAUACAAGCAUUGUGGACACGAUUGAAGGAAACAAGGAUAUCGACAAUGACAUUGUUUUUGGUAAUAACAUGAUGAAUGAAAGAAGAACAUUGUUAGUAAAUGAUACUUCUUUUGGUGCAGAUGAAUAUGAGUUGGAUCGCCGGAGUUUGAACUUGAACUCUGAGAACUUAGAGUUUGUAGAGGAGUAUGGUUCUGAGAGACAUGGUGUUAGUAGUGGCUCUUAUGAAAAUGAAUUGGAGAGGAUACCUAUAUAUCGUGAAGAAUUAUUUACCACUAGAAGUACAUCCCAAUUAUUAGUCUCUCCGGAGGAGACAAUAAAUAUGAGGCUUAAACGAAAGCGUUGUUUUGACAUGGAAACAAGCAGCGAUAACCAGAAAACAAUGUUAUCAUGUGAUUGGACUGACUUUGAUGAGAUAGGUGAUUCAAGAUAUGGGGAUGCGGAUUGGACUUAUGAUGAUAUUGACCAAUUGUCAAUGUUACAGAACUCGAGGCAGGGACAGUACCAAGGCAGGAGCCCUGAAAUGAUGAUUGAUAAAAUGGCCUUUCAUCGAAACGCCAUUUCUGAAAACUCAUUAUCAACAGAUCUACUACCAUUAGAGCAAAGGCAUUCAAGCAAGCCUCUUAAACUUGCUAGAAUAGAUGUGAGGAGACGAUUGGGGCCAGUUCAAAGUGUAAAGCAGCGCUUGGGACCUGCUCCAAAUGCUGUAAAGAGUUUGGGGCCAGGUUCAAAAGUUAAGAGAAAACUUCCUUGGGUCACAAUGCAAGUAGGAAAAGAUAUGGAAGACUUUGAACAAAACAUUAAUGUUCAAGGUCCGAAAUCCUCAGAAAUGAAGACAAAGAAAUAUGUCAAGAAUGAGCCACCUGAGGACUCUGAGGAAUUCAUGCAGCUAGUGCAAAAUGCUUUUUUGAAGUUUGUCAAAGUCUUGAACGAGAAUUCCGCUACCCGGCAAAAAUACAUGGAGCAAGGAGGAGUUGGAACUUUGAAGUGCUGUAUCUGUGGCAGCUAUAAGGAGUUUGUGGACACAAUAAGCUUGGCACAACAUGCCUUCACAUCUUGUAAAGUUGGUUCCAGGUCGGGGCAUUUGGGUUUUGGCAAAGCACUUUGUGUGCUGAUGGGAUGGGAUAGCAAAAUAGUUCCAAAUAGUCGAUGGAUUUGGCAGAUAUUACCUGCUGCUGAAGCUUCAUCACAGAAGGAGGACCUCAUACUCUGGCCUCCAGUUGUUCUCAUCCAAAACAGUUCUAUAGCGAACGAAAAUUUAGAUGAGCGUAUGCUUGUAAGUAUUGAAGGGCUCAAGGAUAUUCUUAGAGGUAUGGGGUGUGACCGAGGGAUGACCAAUCUCUGUCAUGGGAAAGCUGCAAAUCGGAGUACUAUGGUGGUGACCUUCAGUGGCACUUUUUCUGGGUUGCGAGAAGCAGAAAGGCUUCACAAGCUUUUUGGUGAGAAGAAACAUGGGAGGAAAGACUUCCAGCAAAUUAGUUUUUUUGGUUGCAAAACGAACUGUCAGGAAACCCAAAGAGUUCCAGUAGACAAGGUAGAAAAUGUUCUAUAUGGUUAUAUGGGGAUUGCAGAUGACCUGGAUAAGCUUGAUUCUUUAACCAAGAAGCGCUGUGUAGUGAAGAGCAGGAAGGAGAUUGCAGCAAUUGCAGAUGCCUCUCUCAAAAGUGAAUGAUAAACUGAUUACUCUUCAUAUUUUGAACUGUAUAGCCUUCUGCUCUCAGCACAGAAUCAUGAAUUCUGUUCAUCUGCCAUUGUCUUUUUGUUUGCAAAGUAAACAUAAUUUUUUUCCUUUUAAAAAAAUGAUUGUUUCCUUCUGAAGGUGCUUCCAGUGGUUUUUAUAUCAAUGAGGAAGCAAAUGUCUCUUUGUAAGAGGUAGGUAACUGAUGAUAUAUCUUCAGGGCUUUUCCUUGUCAUUACCUCUCUCCUUUCUUUGGUCUUGUAACAGAAAUGAGGAAAAAAGAAAAAAACAAGGGUUCACUUCCAUGGCUUCCAUGUUUUGUGAUCUCAAGUUGCUGUGCAAA